GAUGCUGAGACAGUUCAGAAGGAACAUCACCAGGAGCCGCAGCAACAGCCAAGGAAGCUUAUAUGGAAGCACUCGGACGUGGUACAACGCGGGAGCACCCAGCCAGCCUCCAGCCACCCAGCCAGCCACAGAUGAAGAGGAAGGAGCCCAUUGCCCAGCUUUGUCUAGCGGCUUACAUUUGCCAAGGCGGAGCGUCGAUCCCACCGAGACAUUCAGCAGCAUUCUGGGUAGCAAGGAUCGACUGCGACCGCACAUGGAAGAGAGGAUAUGCGGUGUGAUGCAGCCCUCUGUUCCCAGUCCUUUGAAGAGGAGUCUGCCAACCCAGGGACGGUCAGGGUUAGGCUGUUGUGGAUUCCCAGAUGAUUAGUAGACUGCGGCCUGCCAGAGGAAGUGCGCAGAGUUCAGGGA